CACUAAUCCACCACAUUACUCAAUGGCGCCCAAAAGCAGCCAGCCCGCUUCGAGUGCCUCCCAGAAGACGAAGCAGCCGUCCAUCUCGAGCUUCUUCACACCAAAGCCGUCUCAAACCCCCAAAGCACCGCCCAAAGCACCGCCCAAAGCUCCACCGAAAGCGUCUCCGCAACCUCCGCCGCCUGCCGCCAACGAUGCGGCUCAUAGCGAUGACGACGAAGAAUCUCUGCCGUUAGGGCGCUCAGUACUGGGCAAGAAGCGCACAGGGCCUGCGUCUGGCGAGGAUGGCGAGCCGCCGAAGCGAUUGCGAGUCUCCGAGAGCGAGGAGGCGCGCCCUUCGCUCGGCCAGGCGACUGCAGCUAGCCUGAACACACCCAAGCCCGUGAAGCUCACAGACCGGACCUCCAAGUUCCUGUUCUCGUCGCCGCCUGCCCAGCGUGACGAGAACGAAGCGGUCGCCGAAGACGAUGCCGCAGCAACUCAACACGAGAGGGAGCGCCUCCACGCCAAGUUCGUCAAGAAGCUCGGGCGUCCAGACAGCUUCGCGGAGCUUCGCAGGCGCAACAAGAUCCUGGCAGAGGAUGAGGCAAAUGGCGACGGCGAAGGCGCUGAGGAGGACGAGGAGGAAGACGCGCCGAAGCCUGCCAAAGGGAAGAAGGGUGUGGCAGCGAAGAAAUCAGCCUCCAAGUUGACCCCAAUGGAGAAGCAAUACUUGGAGAUCAAGCGGAAGCACCUCGAUACCAUCAUCGUCAUGGAAGUCGGAUACAAGUUCAAGUUCUUUGGCGAGGACGCGAGGACAGCAUCCAAGGAGCUGGGCGUCGUUUGCAUACCGGGCAAGUUCAGAUACGACGAGCACCCAUCCGAGGCACAUCUGGACAAAUUCGCGUCGGCGAGCUUCCCGGUGCAUCGACUGCAAGUCCACGUUAAGCGACUCGUCAAGGCAAACCACAAGGUCGGUGUGGUGCGGCAGAUCGAGACUGCAGCACUCAAAGCUGCUGGAGACAAUAGGAACACGCCCUUUGUUCGGAAGCUGACGAAUCUGUACACAAAAGGAACUUAUGUUGACGACGUUGAAGGGUUGGAGGCCGGGAAUGGAAACACAGCGCCGGGCGCGCAAGCCACAGGCUACCUCCUCUGCAUCACCGAAACCAAUGCCAAUGGAUGGGGCACAGACGAGAAGGUGCAGGUUGGCCUGAUCGCCGUGCAGCCCGCAACUGGUGACAUUAUCUACGACGACUUCGAGGACGGCUUCAUGCGAAGCGAGAUCGAAACGCGGCUACUCCAUAUCGCACCUGCAGAAUUUCUGGUCGUCGGCGACUUGUCCAAGGCAACCGACAAGCUCAUACAGCAUCUGUCCGCAAGCAAAACCAAUGUCUUUGGAGAUCGCUCGCGGGUCGAGAGGGUGGAGAAGCCCAAGACGAUGGCUGCACAGGCUUACGGUCACAUCUCCAACUUCUACGCCGACAAGAUGAAGUCUAGCCAGGAAGGAGGCUCAUCAAGCCAAGGUGCCAUCCUUGACAAAGUGCACCAACUGUCAGAACAUGUCACCAUAUGCUUGUCAGCGAUGAUCACGCAUCUGAGCGAAUACGGGCUGGAGCAUGUCUUCGACCUGACCAAGUAUUUUCAACCAUUCAGCGCGAGAUCAUACAUGCUUAUGAACGGCAAUACGCUUUCGAGUCUCGAGAUCUACCAGAAUCAGACCGACUACACUGCCAAAGGCAGCCUGUUCUGGACGAUGGAUAGGACUAAGACUCGUUUCGGGCAGCGUCUUCUCAGGAAGUGGAUCGGACGACCUCUCAUCGACAAGGAGCGCCUUGAAGAACGCAUUGCAGCAGUGGAAGAGCUGAAGAACGGUGAAAAUACCAUACCUUUCGACAAGCUGAAGUUCCUUCUGAGCAGGAUCAGGACGGAUCUUGAGAAGGUUCUGAUCAGGAUAUAUUACAAAAAGUGCACGCGACCAGAGCUGCUGGCUGCGCUGCAAACACUCCAAGACAUUUCUGGCCAGUAUCUGCAGGUGAAGUCGCCCGAGCAAAGCGGCUUCAAAUCACAUCUGCUCAGUGAAGCCGUAUCGAACAUUCCUAAGAUCUACGAUGAUCUGAACACCUUCCUCGAGAAGAUCAAUGCCAGUGCUGCCAAAGCGGAUGAUAAGUAUGGAUUCUUCCAGGAGGAGCACGAAGCAGAAGACAUCAACGAUUUGAAGCUCAGCAUUGCCUCAGUCGAGGACGAUCUGAACACACACCGCGCGGAAGCCGCUGCGAAACUUGGCACGAGUAAAGUCGAUUACGUCACUGUCGCUGGCAUCGAGUACCUCAUCGAAGUCAAGCGCAAGUCUCCGCAAGAAAAGAAGGUCCCUGCAUCGUGGCAGCAGAUCUCCGCAACAAAGGCUACCCUGCGCUUCCACACGCCAGAAGUCAAGCGCAUGUGUCAGGAGCGUGACCAGUACAAGGAGUCCUUAGCUGCAGCAUGUGACGCUGCUUUCAAGCGCCUACUAGAUGACAUCUCAGCAAAGUAUCAAGAGCUUCGCGACUGCGUUCAUUCGAUCGCGACGCUUGACGCGCUUUUCUCUCUGGCCAUUCUUGCUAACCAGCCUGGCUACGUGAAGCCCACCUUCGUAGACGAUAUCGAACUCAACAUCACUGGUGGUCGACACCCUAUGGUCGAGCAGCUACUUUUAGACGCCUAUGUGCCGAACGACCUGCACCUUUCACACUCUGCCACGCGCGCUCUGUUGGUAACAGGACCUAAUAUGGGCGGCAAGUCCUCCUAUGUACGUUCUGCUGCUCUCAUUGCCAUCAUGGGACAGAUCGGGUCGUAUGUGCCAGCAACCGAGGCACGACUCGGUAUGCUGGAUGCGGUGUUCACACGCAUGGGCGCGUUCGACAACAUGCUCAAGGGCGAAUCGACCUUCAUGGUCGAACUCAACGAGACAUCCGAUAUCCUCAAGUCUGCGACUCCACGUUCGCUCAUUAUCCUCGACGAGCUUGGUCGUGGAACCAGUACCUUUGACGGUGUGGCUAUCGCUGAGGCAGUGCUUGACUACGUGAUUCGCGACUUGCAGAGUCUGACGCUAUUCAUCACGCACUACCAACAUCUGUCGAAGCUUCAUUCACGGUUCACAAAGGACGAAUUGAAGAAUGUGCACAUGUCGUUUGAGGAACGCGACGGUGGUAGAGAGCUCGUCUUCUUGUACGAGGUUGCCGAAGGCACGAGUCAUCGCUCUUACGGACUGAACGUCGCGCGGCUGGCCAAAGUACCGGAGAAGGUGAUCGAUGUUGCUGGUGUGAAGAGUGCUGAGCUGGAGGACGACAUGGCGGCCUACAAGAUAGGCAACUUAUCGCGAGUGAUGAAGAGUCUGAUGGCAGGUGCAUCUGAAGGAAGCCUUGACAAACUCAUCGAAGGUAUUGAACAGCUGUAAACGCGCACAUCUUCAUGAACAAGAUCAGCAGACGAUUCUAGGAGGAUAGUAGCUAGAGGUACAGAAUAAUACCCACAUCUCGG